AUGCAGGCGGUCUUGGGAUUGGUAACCGUAGGAGGCACUCUCCGGUACUACGCGGCAAAGCCUACGGAAAUUGUGGCAUAUCUCGAGAAUGGCAUCGUCGACGUAGCUGCACUGGCCGUGGCUGUCCUUUGGUGUAUUUUCAGGCAUUUCGCUCUGCGAAAUGAGCCGUCAAAGGUUCGGCCGUCAUGGCAUCUUGCUUUGAAAAUGCUCACUGCUAUGGCAUUCUGGAUCGACCUUGAACUUCCCAACUCGCCGCUUGCCAUUAUACGAACAGUGGCGAGAGUUGUUGGCUUUGCAGUGCUGUGGUAUACGUCAUACCGGGAACAUACUCGCUCUGUUCGUCCGUCGACUGUGCUGUGUAUUUACCUGGCAACUUCGAUGCUUCUGGACCUUUCCUGCAUCCGAGAUGUGCUGCUUUUCUUCGGUAAUCAAACACUAACUAACCUCGUCCGUGCCAGCUUUGUUCUGAAGAUUGUCCUCUUCAUCACUGAGGUGGCAGAGAAGCGGGCAUAUCUUCGGGACCAGUGGAAGAGCGAAUCACCAGAGGCAACGGGAGGAAUCUUCAACAGAUCCCUGUAUUUGUGGCUAAACGGCCUCUUAAUGAACGGAUAUCGCUCCCUCCUGACCGUAGACACAAUCACACCCAUCGACGCCGAGCUUCUCUCCGCUUCGACUCCAUCGAGCUUGAUUGAUCGUUGGGACCAAGCCGAUAAAUCAGGUGGCAAUGCCCUCUUUUGGACUUUCUGCGCACACUACAAAUGGAGCUUCUUGGCCGGGGUUGUGCCACGCCUGUUGAACACGGCAUUGAGUCUCGCGCAACCGUUUCUAAUAAAGUCCGUUCUCGAAUUCGUCGCACAAACUGAGCAACCCGGUUCCAGCUAUACGGCAUAUAAGCUUAUUGGAGGUUAUAUGAUCGUGUACACCGGCCUCUCUGUUCGUCACCAUGCAUCAAACGAUGCCCCCCUGCCAGAGGUCAAAGCUGACGUCCAUUCACAGAUGACAUACGCCAUAUAUGAGCAGAAAAACUAUCGAAUGCUUGCCAUGUUUCGUGGCAGCUUGAUUUCCAUGAUCUAUGGCAAGACGCUGAAGCUGGCCUCCUCGGACAUUGACGACGCAGAAGCCAUUACUCUUAUGAGCGCCGACAUUGACCGCAUUGAAUCUUUCACCAUUGCCCACGAGAUGUACGCCAGCGUCAUUGAAGCAUCUGUCGCUCUAUGGCUUCUGUUCAAGCUUCUUGGAGUCGCCAUGAUGGCGCCGGUGGUUUGGGUUGUUGCUUGUUUCUUUAUUGGCCUACCACUUGCUACUGCUGCAGGAAACGCUCAGAUCCCAUGGCUAGAAGCAAUAGAGGACCGAUUAGCGGCGACGUCCAAGUUGCUGAGCAUGGCCAAACCCAUCCGGAUGACGGGCCUAUCCGACAUAAUGGCGGCCAAGGUCCAGUUUCUGAGACAACAGGAAGUUCAAGCGUCCCGCAGCCAUCGUGUGCUGGGGAUCUACAUGGCCAUGUGGCAUUUCGUCGCCUCCGGAAUGGCGUCCGUUUGGGGCUUUGGAGCCUACAUCCUUCUUGCGAAAGGGGGCUCGGACACGUUAACAGAAGGUGUUGCCUUUGCGGCGCUCAGCCUUUUCGAGAUACUGGAACAGCCACUGUCGUCUGUUGUCGACGGCUUCGAGCUUGUCCAGACAGUCCUAAACUCAUUUUCACGCAUCCAGGAGUACUUGCUCAGCGAUGAGCAGGAAGACUACCGGGCUGACUUAUCGUCUGACACACGGAUAACGGACCAAGACUCGGUGGAGCCUGUGGAAAGCGAUUUGACGACACUCUACUCGAGAGAUGGUCUUAGCUCAGACACCUUUGCCGCUGCGUUCAAUGUCUCCGCCGGCUACCGUAAGAAGAAUGAAAAGGCCCAAGAUGAGAACUCGGACUCGGAUUCGCUCGAUAUCAUGAGCGACUCGGAGACGGACGCCGAUGACGAUAUCAAGGAUAAAGACCGUCUUGUAUUUGAGGGGCUUAACUUUGAAUUCCCACGGGGUAAAACCACGAUCGUGUAUGGAGCAGUCGGUGCGGGCAAGUCUACGCUCCUGAAACUGCUGUUGGGCGAGGUACCAGUUGUUUCUGGCUCAGUCUCUACUAAUUUCUCCAGGGCGGCUUACUGCCCUCAGACGCCUUGGAUCAGCUGGGGAACCGUUCAAAGCAACAUAAUCGGCAUGGCACUACUGGAAAAGCAGUGGUACGAUACCGUCAUAGAAGCGUGUGGUCUCGCUGCAGACUUCAUGGAGUUACCCAACGGCGACCACACCCCUACGGGUACUCGAGGCUCCCGGCUAAGCGGAGGGCAGCAGAAACGCGUGUCCUUGGCAAGAGCGCUGUAUUCGCGAAGUCGAACCAUGAUACUCGAUGACAUUCUCAGUGGCCUAGACCGGAAGACAGAGCGGAGUGUUUUGGAGGCCGUAUUCGGACCCAACGGUGUAUUGAAGAAGCUAGGAUCGACCGUGGUUCUGGCAUCAAGCUCAGCAAAGCACCUGGGCUUGGCCGACUAUAUUGUUGUCUUGGAUGAAAAAGGGAAAAUAUCUCGUAGAGGCUCCCCAGAGAGCAUGUCGGAUAUUGUUGAGUUCAUCCAAGAUUCCGAGAUCGAAACCGGUCCAGGGGAAGGACUGCCAGCGAACUUAUCUGAGACCCCCUUGCCAGAGCUGGAACUGCUCGAAGGUGAAAUGAACGCCGGGCGCGGGGCAGGAGACACGCAAGUCUAUUUAUACUAUGCCAAAAUUGCCGGCUGGUGGUCGACCGUGGCCUUUGUCGUUGGAUGCGCAGCCAUUGUAUUUGGUGUGACGUUUCCAUCUGUUUGGCUCCAGUGGUGGACAAGUGCCAAUGAACGUCAUCCGAAUGAGAACAUUGGGUAUUGGCUGGGCGUAUACGGAGCGCUCGUCGGUGUCGCUGUGCUCGGAUGCGCAAUGGCAGAUAGCGUUUUGAAUCUAGCAGUAUUACCCGCGGCAGCGCAAAAGUUUCACGACGUCCUGUUGACUACAACCAUGCGGGCAUCUACGUCAUUCCUCACGUCCACUGAUGCAGGAAAUACUCUCAAUAGGCUCUCACAAAGGUUAAGAUUCUCCCAGGACCUCGAACUGAUCGACAGCGAUUUGCCCAUGUCGUUGGACUCGCUUGUGUUUCAUUUCCUUUCGGCCGUUGCUUCCAUUGUCCUCGUUUGUACCGGAUCCCUCUAUAUUCUCGCCGCAAUUCCCGUCUGCAUCUGCACCUUAGGUAUCAUUCAGGCCUACUAUCUGCGCACAUCGAGGCAAAUGCGGCUCUUGGAUAUCGAAGCAAAAGCGCCCCUGUUUUCACAGUUCUUGGAAACCAUUCAGGGAGCAGCCAGCAUCCGCGCGUACGGGUGGACGCAAGACUAUAUCGACCGGAAUGUCACCGCUCUCAACGACUCGCAGAGACCGUACUACCUCAUGUGCUGCAUCCAACGCUGGCUCACUGUUGUCUUGGAUCUUUUCAACGCCGGGCUUGCCGUGUUGCUUGUUGCCCUGGCCACAACUGUGCGCAAUGGGUCUACUGGUGUUCUUGGUGUCGCGCUCUUCAACAUUUUGACACUGUCUUCGGCCUUUCAAACGCUGAUCCAGGAGUGGACACGGGUCGAGAUUGCUCUAGGGGCUAUUGCUAGAGUGAAAGCGUACGUCAAGUCUGUCAAGGACGAGAAUCUUCCCGGAGAGGACGGCGACUUGCCGGAUUUCUGGCCGUCUGAAGGUCAGAUUGUGUUGAAGAACAUUUCCGCCUCGUACAAUUCGACUUCUGAACCUGUCCUAAAGGAUAUUGACCUGAACAUUCGAGCCGGCGAGAAGGUAGCAAUCUGUGGUCGAACUGGCAGCGGCAAAUCCUCACUUAUUUCGACGAUUUUGCGUAUGCUAGAUCUUGACUCUGGCACCAUCAUCAUCGACGGUGUUGACAUUAGCAGGGAGGUCUUCUUUCCCCUAACGACAGUGCGCGAAAACCUGGACCCCCACGAGACGGCAAAGGACGAAAAGCUUAUAGAAGCCCUUCGUUCGGUGCGCUUGUGGGAUGUUUUCGCGUCGCGCGGCGGGCUCGAUGGGGACCUGUCCGAAGAUACUCUGUCGCACGGCGAGAAGCAGCUAUUCUGCCUCGCACGCGCACUUGUGCAGCCGGCAAAGGUCGUCAUCGUCGACGAAGCCAUCAGCAGCGUCGAUGCCGACGCGGACGAGCUCAUACAGCAGGUGCUCCGUGAAAAGUUGCAGAACAGAACUGUCCUCGCCAUUGCGCACAAGCUCGAUUCCGUUAUGGACUACGAUCGAGCUGUACUAUUGGAAAGGGGACGCAUCGUCGAGUCGGGAAACCCGCGAGAGCUCAUGGAAUUGCCGACAUCCAUGUUUCGAGCCCUUUAUGAUAGCAUGAGCCACAGCUCGUACGCAUCCUCAUCGUCAGAUGCGUGA